AUGGAUAUUCAAAGACCUCUCCACAUAGUAACUCCUACCAUUCACAGCACACCUUUGUCAAAAUGUGCUGGGUUCCCAGUUUAUCUCAAACUAGAGAAUCUCCAAGUUCCAGGAAGUUUCAAGAUCAGAGGAGUUGGCAAUCUCUGUCAGAAGGCAGCACAGAAGGGGUGCAAGAGGGUUGUGUGUGCCUCAGGAGGGAAUGGUGGCCUGGCAGCUGCCUAUGCUGCUAGACUCCUUAAACUUCCUGCUACCAUUGUUCUUCCUACAACUACUCCUGCAUUUGUGGCAGAAAAACUCAGAGACCAGGAUGCAACUGUAGAAAUCCAUGGUAGUGUCUGGGAUGAAGCUAACCAGUUUGCUCUUAAAAUUGCACAAGAUCCAGAUUGCUUGUAUGUUCAUCCAUUUGAUCACCCAGAUGUUUGGGAAGGACAUGAGUCACUUGUUGAAGAGGCCAAAGAACAGCUCCCCUCCCCUCCUGAUGUAGUGGUUGCUUCAGUUGGAGGUGGGGGGUUACUUUGUGGAGUCAUACAGGGUAUGCAGAAAGUAGGAUGGGGUCACAUUCCAGUGGUUGCUAUGGAGACUGUAGGAGCAGACUGUUUGAAUGUGUCCUUGAGAGAGGACAAGGUUACCACCAUUCCAGCUAUCACAAGUGUUGCCAAAUGCCUUGGUGCUCUCACACCAUGUACUCAAGUGUUUGAUUUGUGUAAAAAAUACACAGUAGUAUCCCAGCUUUGUACAGACAAACAGGCAAUAGAUGCAUGUCUGAAGUUUGCAGACGAUCAUCGACAGUUAGUUGAGCCGGCUUGUGGUGCCAGUCUAGCAGCUGUGUAUAGUGGCAUACUAAAGGACCUUCAAACUCGGGGAAAACUGGGUCAGAUUAAAUCUGUCUUAGUUGUUGUAUGCGGUGGAAGUGGAGUCACACUAGAUGCCCUCAAUAAGUGGAAAAUAGACUUUGAACUUUAAUCAUUUUAAAUUGGGUCUAUUAUGUAUUAGAAUAAGAGGCUUGUCUCAAAUCCUGUGAUAUUCCAGUUUUUUUUUAAUUGAGGGCUUUAAACAGUUUUAUUUUCUGAAAGCAGCUUUUUGUCAUUGUUAUUUUUAUUUUCAGUGGGAUUUUUUAUGUUUGAGGUAUUUGGGUUUGAAUUGUUAUUGAUUUAUAUAUU